AUGUCGUCGUCGGACGGUUUUCUCACAUCAUUACAAUCAAUACAGACAAAUUUAUUUCGAAUCGGUGGUCCAAUAUUAAUGGUAUUUGGUGUGGUUAGUUGCAUCGUCAGUCUCAUUGUUUUCACUCAGAAAAAUCUACGAAAAAGUCCAUGUUCCAUCUAUUUGAUAGCUGUGAAUAUCACUAAUUUCUUAUACAUUACUUUAUCAUUAUUAUUACUUAUAUUAACAACUGGCUAUGGAAUAGAUCCUACUAAAUCUAAUCGCUUCAUGUGCCGUUUCAAUUAUUACACAACCUAUUUAUUUGGUAUUCUCAGUCCAUUUUAUCUUAUCUUAGCUUCAAUCGAUCGAGUUUUAGUCACAUCAACAAAUGCUCGAACACGACAAAGAAGUACUCCUCGUUUAGCGUAUAUU